AUGACAGAAGAGCACGAUCCCAACGCACCGUGGUCUUACGUCCGCUUUGAAACUAGCGUUGGCACCUUUGUUGUUGAACUUUAUCACAAACAUGCUCCUCGGACGUGCUACAACUUUGCGGCAUUAGCAGACUGUGGAUACUACAAUGGUACCGUAUUUCAUCGAAUUAUCAGAGACUUUAUGAUACAAGGAGGUGAUCCAACGGCCACGGGACGAGGUGGCGAGUCUAUCUAUGGGGGCAAAUUUGAAGAUGAAAUUACCAGCAAUCUCAAGCACACGGGGGCAGGAAUCCUCAGCAUGGCCAAUUCUGGGCCUAAUACCAAUGGAUCCCAAUUUUUUGUUACUCUCAAGUCAACACCGUGGCUGGACAACAAACAUACCAUCUUUGGAAGAAUCUACAGUGGCAUGGGGGUUGUUCAGAGAAUGGGAAUGGUAGCAACCGACAAGAAUGACAAGCCCAAGUCACCAAUAUCGAUUCAUAUGGCCAAGGCAUAUCGAGGUAUCCCUCCUGAUGAUGAUAUAUCACAAGGUCAGAAUCUGUUGGCCAUUGCUCAGAACUAA